AUGUCAGCUCCCGCCCAGACCAAGAAGCAAGUCCCUCUGCCGUUCGCAUAUACAUUCGCGUUCGGUGCCAUCGCAGGAUGUACUGAGCUGCUCAUGCUCUACCCCCUCGAUGUAGUGAAGACUCGACAGCAGCUCGAGUCUGGUAAAGGCGGAACAGGAAUGAUGCAGACAUUCCGCAAUAUCAUCGGGACACAGGGUGUCUCACGACUGUACAAGGGUAUCAUCCCCCCUCUUAUGCUCGAAGCUCCCAAGCGAGCUAUCAAAUUCGGCGCAAACGGGUACUGGUCUGGCGUCCUCACCUCCAACGGAACCCGCCAAAACACACAGGCCCUCGCACUAGCCACCGGCUUCCUCGCGGGAGGUACCGAGUCAGUCGUGGUAACGCCCUUUGAGCUCGUAAAGAUCCGCUUGCAAGACAAGAGCACCAACUUUGCUGGUCCGAUUGACGUCAUCAAGCAUGCGAUCAAGACGGAGGGUGUUGGGAGUCUGUACAAGGGCAUGGAGGCGACGUUUUGGAGGCAUUGGUGGUGGAACGGUGGCUACUUUGCUACCAUUUUUGCUGUUCGCAAUGCAUUGCCCAAGCCUACGUCGAAGAAGGGUGAACUCGGCAACAAUCUCCUGGCUGGAACGGUCGGUGGUUUUGUCGGGACAGCUUUGAAUACCCCAUUCGAUGUCGUCAAGACUAGAAUACAGCUGCACGGGACCGGGGAAUGGGCGUAUCCCGCUUUGCUCAGGCUGAUGCGGGAAGAAGGCUUGUCUGGGAUGUACAAGGGAUUCGCGCCCAAGGUAUUGCGUCUGGCUCCAGGGGGAGGUGUCCUGCUUCUCGUGGUGGAGGCUCUCACAACUAUCACUCGUAAACGCCUCGGCCCACCAUACAACACAUAG